AGUGUCAUUGAAAAUGAAGUGACAAGCAUUGUUAAAAACCACUUGAGCUUUUGUUUAUUUGCUUUUGAGCACAUUUACAUGAGUUUCUUUUAUGUUAAAAACCAUGCACAACGAUGAAAAAGACUUAGACUACCGCAAUAAAAAGCAGCAUUGUAGAUAUUAUUUAUUAUGGCAGCCUCAGCUAGUGAUAUAGAAGAAUUCCUCACAGGACCCCUUGUAAAAUGGCUCUCUACUUGUGUCAAGAGGCCCGAGACCUUGCAAGUAUACGAAACAUUUUUCGACGGGGCCCCAAUCAACGAGGUGCUCCUUCAAAUAGACCCAGAACCGUCGCAACCAGUGCCUUCCACUUCGAAUUUACAAGGUCUCAGUAUAACAGCAGCUAGGACAAAGAUCUUCCAUUGCAUUAUAAAGAAUAUAAGAACUAUUUAUGAAGACGAAUUGGGACAAAUCGUAAUUUCUGUUCCUGAUUGUGUGAUAUUGGGCAGAGCGCCCGCUUCACAGACAGCUCUAGAGCAGUUGAAGCUAUUGAUUUUGCUCUUGUUAGGGUGUGCUGUUCAGGGGCCCACAAAGGAGAUAUUUAUAUCCAAAAUUAAGGAGCAAUCUCUUGAUGAUCAACAUGACAUUGUUGAGUGUAUUAAGAGGGUUACUGAUGACCAAUGCAUAGUCCUCACCCUAGAUUGGACAGAUCAAGAGCCACAGAAACUAUACUACCACAUAAGAAAUCUUACAGGUGAAAGAGAAAAGCUGGUCCAGCAAUGGGUCACAGAUCUAGGCCAGGAAACAACUGCAUUAGGCUCUGCACAAAAUGCAAGCAACCAGGGAGUGGAGUCCAACCAUUUGGCUGUGGAGCUGGCAGAUUGGAAAGCCAGGAUGAGGAAACAGAGGCAGGAACUCGAGGAAAAGACUGAAAUUUUAGCAGAAUGCAAGGAAGAAUUAGAACAUGCCAAGAAUUUGGUAGCAAAACUAAAAUCUGAUAAUACGGAAUUACUAACAGAAGCCAGAAGAGUGAAAGCUUACAGAGAUGAAGUAGAUUCUAUGCGAGAGAAAAUUGAAAGGGCAGACAGGCUAGAAAUCGAAGUCCAACGUUACAGAGAAAGACUUGCAGAUGCAGAAUUCUAUAAAGUUAGAGUAGAUGAACUUAGAGAGGACAAUAAAGUACUUUUAGAAACCCGGGAAAUGCUGGAAACUCAGUUAGCAAGAGCGAGACAAAGGGGUGAUCAUAUGUUGGAACUAGAAGCAGAGUUGUUGACUGCAAAGCAAGCAAUCAAUGACAUCGUGCUGGAGAGAGAUGCAGCUAAAGAAAAGAUCCAGGAGCUACUAGAUGAAAAUUUACAACUUCAGCAGCUCACCAAGGCUGCUCUUCAAGAAUCCACGUGUCUCAACACCUCCCUCGAUUCAGACAUAGAAGAAUCAAACUCGGGUGAUAACAGCUUGUCAGAACAACUCACCAGUAAUGCGCAGGCGCGAGCUUUGAAGCUUGAACUAGAAAACAAACGACUAUUAUCAACCAUAGAUGCUCUAAAGGAGAACAGUUUCUUAGAAAGCGCUAGUAAGAUUUUAGAAUUGGAAAAGGAGAAGAAAAAGUUGGCGAUCAGGUGUGAGCAGUUGGAAGAAAGCUGUGAAAGGUUUAAUCAGCAGAAUGUAGAGCUGGAGAAUCUGUUUAAGAACGCCAUACAGGAGACUAGGAAGUUACAAGACUCUUUAGAAACUCAAAAGGUUAUAUCUGAGAGGCAAAACCAAGAACUGAGCAAUGAACGUGGCCGUAUCGGCGAAAUGGAAAACAAUAUCGAGCAUGUCACAAAAGAAAAACAAAGAGUUCAACUUUUGUGUGACACGAUCAAAAAACGAGCUGAUGAUGCCGAAAAAUCUCUUUCUGAAGUAUCUGAACAACUUUUGGUUCUACAAGCAGAAUCCGAUAAGUGGAAAGAGUUUGAAAAGUCCGCCAGCAAGAUGAAGGAAAAGGUAGAGAUGUUGGAGAAGGAGAAUAACAACAUGACGAAGGAGAUCGGUAGGCUGAAAGAGGUUUUAGAGACGAAAGAUGUGUGCGUUGAUGAGUACACGGACAAAAUUAACAGGCAAGAGAAAGACAUCGAACGAAUGACCAAAGAAAACAAAGACUUGAAUGUACAGGUAGAAAAAUUGCAAGAACUAGAGAAAAAAGCUCAAGAAUUGAUGUCACAAUCUUCCAUCAACAAGGAAACAAUAGCAACGCUGCAAAAAGAUCUCGUUAACGAAAAAGUCACCAGUGAGAAACUGAAGAACAAUCUGGAUAAGUUGGGAUUAAAUGCCGAAGUACUGGACCAUGAUGUUGCCGUUGUGAUAGAGAAGAUGUUGGAUAACAAUGAAUUGUUGAAGAUUAUUGGUCCCAUGGUGAAAGAUCUCCUGGGAGAAACAGAGAUGGUAAGACAGAGCGUAGUGGAGGAAAGAGACAACCAGUGCGAAAAGCUUCUGGCAGAGAUAUCUAACCUGCAAAUAUCCAAUGACAUUCUACAAAACGAAAACGCAACAUUGAAAGUUGACGUUUCCACUCUGAGGUCCCAAAUUAAUUCCUUACAAACACAACAGACUGCUUUACAACUCGCUAACAGUCAAUUAGUGGCGGAAAAAGAUGAGUUAUGUAAAAAGCAGCAACUACAAAACAACCAACAUGACACUCUUCUGUUGGACCAAGUGACCCUCAGAACCAUCCACGAGCAGCUAAGUUUGGAGUAUGAGGAAGCCAAAAACGAACAAGAGAACCUUAAGAAAGUUGCGAGAGACUUACGAUCAGAAAUGAGGUCGAUCAAAGAGAGGAACAGCAACUUGGAAAGCAAAAUCGCCGAUCUGGAAGCUGAGAAGGAUAUUUUAAAGAAUGACGCUAAGAGUUUAGGAAAUUUGAGGGCGGAACAUUCAAAGUUGAAGGACGACUUUAGAAACCUUUUCACGGCCAGCGAAAGACUAAAGCAGGAAUACAGAGCUGUACAAGAAGAAUUAAAAAAUUUGAGAACUGAAUCCAGAAAUCUGAGGCUGGGCAGGACAGAGAUGCAGGGCGAGCUCAAUCUUAGAUCUGACAGAAUGGCAAGUCUACAGUUAGAUAAUGCCAAGCUGCAGCAAAAAUGUGACAUGUUAUUUGAAAUGAACCAUUCCUUGGACUCUGACAGAAGAGCACUUAUGGACCAUGUUUCGCAGCUCCUCUCCCAAUACCACUCACUUCUAACCCAUUCGCUAGAAGACAAACAGCACUACCACAUCGAAGAAAAACUUUACACGGACAAAGUCAAUAACCUUUGUAGACAGAAGGAGAAGCUAGAGGAGAAGAUUAUGGAGCAUUAUAGAAAACUAGAUAACGCGUCUUCUAAAAAGAAAGGAUUUGGUGCAACAUUGGUACGAAGAGUAAGAAAAGCUGGUUCAGAUAUCAUCAACAAAGUACCAAGUCGGAAUCGAAGAUCUUGGCAUGAAGAUACAGCAGCUCGAUUGACUCAAUCCCAGCUCACUCUUUUACAUGACGGGUCUGGGGAAUCUAAUGGCAAUAAUUCGGAUAAUAGUAAUGAAGAAACUCCUGUACAUAGAGUGGAACCUUUCAAGAGAAGUGUAUCAGGUGGAGGAAGCCUCCAUGGUCAUAAACCAAGGGAUGAGGUGGCCAUGAGAAGGUCUUCGUACAGAGACUUAACGUCUCAUAGAAAUAGUGUCGCUGGCGACCAGAUGUUCACCCAAGAUCCUAACUUGAGCCUCGGCUCCGUAGGUACCCGUCGUACCGUCUAUCUCUCGGAAGAAGACACCACUCCGGUACCACCCUUACCGCCGCCAAACAACCGCACGUCCAACACUCCUCCUAUGCUGGUAUACAACAGAAUUUCCACAGUGAUAGGGGAACCCCAACGAGUAUCCACGCCUCAACCGCAACACACCGAAGAAGUUACUAAAGAAACGGCCAAUGGCGAGAGGGAGAAGCCAAAAAGCGCCAAAGAGACGGCAGUAUGGUAUGAGUACGGGUGUGUCUGAUAGACCGAUGAAAACUACAGGAAAUGUAUUUAUUUUUGGAGCAUUUAAAAGAGAGAAGAGAUAGAUUUUAAAAAAUGACAAGAAUUGAAAAUGUUAAAAACAAUUUUUAUACAGAAAUUUUUUAGAAGUUGAGAAAUAAGUUUUCAAUUUUUGUUGGUUUUUUCAACAAAACAAUCAAAAAUUUCGACUGUGACAAAGUAUUUCCGAUAAAAUUCGACAAUACCAAAAUUUAGCUAUAAUUAUUUAUAAUGAUGCUGCUAAAAAUGUUUUUAUUAGAUAAAGAGCAACGUUUAGACCAUAAGUGUUCCAUUUUUUUGAAUAAUAGCACUUUGAACACAUACGUUACACACUAUUUUUCCUAUAAACUCCGGUAAACUAGUCAAAAACAACGAAACCGCGAAUUCUGUAACUGGUAAGCGAUUUUUUUCACCAAUCACUUGGUGGUCAAUAGUGUUAAUGACAAUUAUUAUUUUUGUAAUCAGUGUACAAUUCAUUCCUGACACAAUAAACACUGAAAACUUGUGUUUUCAAUACUUUUUGCAAAAUUUAUUACAAACUAAUGUCACUACAGCUGUUUCGGCAGAGUGCCUUUCUCAAGUACCUAAUGUUUUUACUAUACAUAUUUCUACACUUUCUAGUCUCUAAUUGAAUAAGUUGAGGAGAGGAAAGCUGUUUGUCUCAACUUAGUCAUUCAGAAUUACAUCUUUUUUAAUAUAUUAGUUUCCAUAGUGUUAGAAAUCCCAUAAAAUUGAUUUGGUUGCUUAAAUAGUUCGAAAUCAUAUCCCUUUUUUCCCUUGUCGACGCCUGUGUUGUUCAUUGUUCGCAUGUUAGCGAAAUUAACAUGUGGCGAAGAAAUGGACUUUCAACCACUUGAAAUCCAAAAGUUCUUCCCCUCCGAGAUAAGAUGAGAUGCAUCGAGAGCUCGAAUGUGUAAAGACGUGAAUUCGUUCUUUUGUUUUUUCGAUCGUUGUGUCUCCAGCCAGAUGGGGUAAGCUUAACCUGAAUUUAAUUACUUUUAUUUUCCUUUAUUGUAUUUUGAAUUAUUUAGCAACAACCAAUUUCAAUUUGUGUAUUAGUGCGCCUAUUGAGAAAGUCCACUUUCUUUCCAUAUUAGAGCUAUCAGAAGGGAAAAGCCAUUAGCAGGUGUUGUAAUUAGUAUGUUUAUUGCUUGUUUUGAUUUUAUUACUUGUUUCGUUCAAUAUAGUCGGUUCGCUAAACUCAGACACAACUGGCUAGUAAUUUUAGUAGAUAAUUUUUUUGUUUUUGGCCAAAAUUGGCUAAAUUAUUAACUAUUUAGUAAUUAUUAACUAUUUAGUAAUCAUUUCUUUUGCCAACUUUACCAAAUUGGCAAAAUUACUUACUAAAAUCACUAGCCAAUUGUGUCUGAGUUUAGCGAACCGACAAUACCUGCUAGUAACCAACACAUAGAUUCUAAUAAGAAUUGCCUAAGGCCUUUAUUUUGAGUAGGAGGAAUUUGAAAAUGAUCAUUAAAAUAAUGAUUAUUUUUCUAUUAUCGAAGGCCCCUGUGUUCUGCUAUACGUUUGUUAAAGGUUUUACCAAUUUGACCGAUGUACGCUUUUGGACAGUCACUCCAUUAAAUUUGUACACACCACUGUGUAAGUACUUUUUCUUUUGGCUCUCGGAAGAUGUUUUCUCAUUAUUUGUUCAAGUCCUCACCCAAUCUCCCUACUUCUACACUGUCUAGUUUAGAUUGUAUUGACACUGAUUCGUUUCAUUUGGAACUUACUAAUUAUUAGCAAUUACUAAAGUAUAUGUUUUUUAUUUUUUUAGAAUCUUCAAAUGUUAAGUAUCUCUGUCGAUCUUCUAUUUUGAAAUAUCUGUCCAAAAUAUCAUUUUAACUUAGAUAAUAAUAUUUUAAGAGGAUUAAUUUUAUCAGAGUUUGUAGGAAAAGCUAUUCAUGACAAAGAAAAUAAUGUAUAUGGACUUGAAUGUACUUUGCUUGUACACGGCAAAGUGUAGUAACAAAUGUUUUAUUUUUAAAAGAGAUACAUUAAAUUCAAGUAACAGAUUUUUUAUUAUCGAGCAUAGAGCUGGAUUGGGAUGUAAAUGGACUGUUUUAAAGCUCCAGUGUCCUUGAAAAAUAAUGUAAAGUUCAUUAUACGUAUAUAUUUUUUUAUUUUGGUGUUUAUCACGUUAUAUUUUUUUUGAAUUGGCAGAAUUAUGAAAUGGCGUUCCGAUAAGGUUCAGUGUAUAAGUUUUGAACGAAGCUUUUAAUGUUAGCUUUAAUGCAGAGGAAUAACCAUAGACAUAUUACGGGAAGACAAGGCAUACUGUGAAAAAAAAAACAACGUAACGCGGAAGCAGUCGAUCGGUGGUCUAUCUAUCUCUUUUAACCAAGCGAUCCCGCGCAUGUGACAGACAAGGAUGGCUAGACCACUCAUUCCUUAAUUUUGGCGUUACACCUCGAUGCACAGUGCGGCCCAUACCUUGCCUAAUCUACUAGUUAUUAUAUCUAUGGGAAUAACUCAUGUUGUUCUGAAGCUAUUUCUCUGUGGCAUUUUUAUAAUUACGUAUUUUUUAUGGGAAAUAAGCCACAAUUUUACUAAAAAAUGAACUUAUUAACGUUUCGAAGCCCAAAUCGCGUUUCGUUGUCAAAAUACAAAAUACUAUUAAAAUAAAACAAACAUGUUGUUGCUAAGUAAAAAAAUUCUUCUAAUAAUUUAUUUAAUCUGACUCAUUUAUAUUGGCAAUUCAGACGUAUAUUAUACAUUUUAAAGUAGAAGACUUUAAAAUGAUAUCGCCAAUAUUUAUGAGUUGCGUUCCUGGGACGACUUUACUAAAAGAUAGUUCAUUCGAUUACAUGAAAUCAAUCCCAACUCAAGAAUAUCCGUCGCAAAAAAAUCGAUUUUUUUGCAAAAAAAAAGCUCUCAAAAUUUUUAUUAAAUAUUAUAAAACCAUUUGCAAAUAAUAAUGACACAUUUAUAAAAAAUACACAACAUUUUUUAAACAAAUUAACAAAUAUUGAAUUUAAUCCAAAUAAUAUUUUAGUAAGUUUUGACAUAAACAGUUUAUUUACAAAUGUGCCAUUAGAUUUAAUGAGUUUAUAAUUAUUAGGAGAAUUUUUUUACUUAGCAACAACAUGUUUGUUUUAUUUUAAUAGUAUUUUGUAUUUUGACAACGAAACCCGAUUUGGGCUUCGAAACGUUAAUAAAUUCAUUUUUUAGUAAAAUUGUGGCUUAUUUCCCAUAAAAAAUAGGAAUAACUCAUAAUAACACGCAACACUAAAAAUGUAUGUACACUUCCCGUCAGAAAAAACUGGUACACUUUUUUUUCCCAAUGUAAACCUGUGUUUAGACUGGAUACAAUAGUUCGUGAAUCACUUCGCUAUUUCCAUAACAGAUAACGGAAUUGCACUAAAUCUAAAUACAUAAAAAUGACGUUUAAAAAUGACGUAUAAAAGUUUUAGAUAUGUAUUAUUUUUAUUACUACCAAUUGACCAUCAUUGAAGAAACCUGGGAAAGCUUGGACGAAGAUGAAAAUUUAUAACUAAAUUUAUUUCUCGGUGCCCAGAAGAUUACAAGAAGUGAUUAAUAAUAAUGGAGCUAUGACAAAAUAUUAAUAUUUCAGCAGUUUCGAAUUUUAAUACAUAUAUUUAAAUUCCACACUUGUUCACUUUAAAAGUUAUUCAUAUUGUAUUAAUUUCAAAUCAAUUUUUUUUAUUUUUCCCGUGUUUAUUCUAGUAUCCCACAACUAUAGAGUUUUUCAUUUAUAGUACAAUUUACGAGAAACCAAUCACGCUUCUCGAUUUUAAUUUAAACAUAAUACUUUAAAGUUAUGUCUUGAUUUAUUAACUAUCAUUAUUUUUGAAUUGAAAUAUUUUCAUAAAUUAUAAUAAAACACGAAUCAAUAUAUGGGUACUUAAUUGAGAUGACUGGCAACUUUGUCCUAGAAAUUAGAAUGACACAUUUGAUAAGAUCAACUUACACAACUUGGAAGGCGCGAUUUUCGGUUAUAAGAGUUGUACCAGUUUUUUUUGAUGCGAUGUGUAUAUCAAUAAAAAUAAUAUUGUUGUACUAACGUUAAGGAAUAAGAAAUUUAUGAUUACGAAUCUGCAAUCAAUCAUAAACAAGUCUGGCUAAUUGGAUCUGCCAAACCCAUUUUUCAGAAAAAAAAAUCUAAUAAUAAUACAAUUAAAUUCGAUUUUUUAGUAAAUUUUAGUAAAUUAGUAACAAAUUUUUUAGUAAUGAUAAUUCUAGUAGUGAUAGAGAAGAUCCAUUCAAGUAAUGCUAGAUGUGAGAUUUUGACCAAAUGAAAUAAAUAUAUUGCUACUUUUUUUUUAUUUUAUUUGGGAUACAGACAGGACAAACCCAUAAAAGUAUCCACUACAGAAUUUCAGAUACAUUUACAAUUUUACAAACUGAUAUAUAACUACAAACUAAAAGUAAAAAUAUUCAUUGAAGUUAGAACAUAAAUACAGAAAAUGAUAUAAUAUGUAUGAACAAAAGAGAAGAAAAAAAAAAUGAGAAAAUAAGCGAUAACAAGACUGAAUACACCAAAAGACUAAGUUUCAAGGAAGUGAUUCUUCAAUAGUUUUUUAAUAAUAUCCGCUUUAUGAAAGAAGAUAUCUAUAUCCACAACCUAGACAAUUUAUUAUAAGUAUUUGUCAUUCUAUGAGCAGGUGAAUUUAAAAAGUAAUUUGUGCAUGCUUGGUCCGUAACAAAAGUAUAAUUAUUUCUAGUAGUGUGGCUUGGAGUACGAAUUUUCAGGAAAUUUAUAAGGUCAAUACAAUCUACAUUAUUAUUUAGGACCUUGUGAACAAAUAAGACAUCCACAAUUUGUCUACUAUGCUCAAGAGAAAUUAUUUUUAAAUUAGAGCGAAUGCGUUGUCUAUCACUAUCAGGAUAAAAUUUCCUUUUACAAUAGGAAAUAAACUUGUUUUGAAUGGAUUCUACUUUAGAGAUGUAUACCGAAUAACGCGGAUUCCAAAUAAUAGAACCAAACAUUAAAAUACUAUUGACAUAUGCCAUAUAUAACGUUCUAAUGGUAAAAGGGCUUUGUAACUCAAAACAAGUUCUAUAUAUGAAGCCCAAUUGCUUACUGGCUUUUCUAGUAAUAUUAGAGGUAUGUUGAUCAAAGAGUAGCUUACGGUCCAAAAGUAUACCAAGAUCUUUAACGCUUUCUACUGCAUGCAAUACACACUUAGAAAUUUCAUAUGUGUUAUAGUUUAAGUCAGGGCUGCUGCGAGAAAAAUGUAUAUAAUUACAUUUUGAAACAUUUAAAAACAGGUUAUUUCUUACACAAUAAUCAGAUAAAUUGUUUAAGUCUUCUUGAAAUUGAAUUCUAUCAUUAGGACAUGAAAUACAGUGAUAUAUCUUUAAAUCGUCGGCAUACAUAAUAAAUUUAGUAAAUUUAAAACAGGCAGAAAUAUCAUUAACAUAUAAAUUAAAAAGUAAAGGACCUAAAUGGGACCCCUGAGGCACUCCUGACGUAGUGAUCACAGCAUUGGAUUUAAAAGCUCCUAAAAUUACUUGUUGUGAUCUAUUUCUGACGUAUGAGUCAAACCAUCUUAAUAAAUUACCAUGUAUACCGAUUUCAGAUAGUUUCAAAACAAGAAUCGAAUGAUCAUUUUAUCGAAAGCUUUACUGAAAUCAGUAUAAACUGAAUCAACGCUUUUUCUCUCAUUUAGACUUUGAAGUAUAUAUUCAUAUUCAAUGUAUAAGAAUAAGUUUGUAUCGAUUGAACGUUUUUUCAUAAAGCCAUGUUGUUCAAUAUUAAGUAGGUUUUUUACGUCAUAAUAAAGAAAAUCAGAAAUUAUACUUUCAAAUACCUUACUAAAAAUAUUUAACUUAGAAAUAGGUCUGUAAUUUUCAACUUUGCUUUUAUUUCCGGAUUGAUGAAUUGGAAUAAUAAAAGCAUUUUUCCAUUUAUCAGGAAAUUGACCGGCAUUAAGUGAUUUAUUAAACAACAGAAAUAAAGGUUCUGAUAAAGAUUGUUUACAGUUUUUAAUAAAAUCAGUAGGUAGCUCAUCUGGUCCAGGCCCUUUAUGAGGUAAAUUUUCAAGUUUAUUUUCAAUAAUUUCGCGAGUAAUAGUACAUUUACAGAUAUUUAAAGGCGUGGUAGUGUAAAUAUUACCAAAAUUGCUAACAUUACUAGGUACAAAAACAGAAGCAAAGUAAUCAGAAAAUACGUUACAAAUUUUCUGUACGUCAGUAGUAGAGCCCUGAGCAGUAAGCAAACUGUUUGGAAAACUAUUGGAAUUUCUCUUAUUUUUUACAAAUUGUCAGAAAUAUUUAGGAUUUUCAGUAAUAUUGGUUUCAACGUUAGUUAAAUAUUUUUUAUAAUCUUCAUUUAUUAAGAAUUUAGAUCUGCCCCGUAAAAUUUUGAAGGUUAAAUAAUCUAAAUUAUUGUUGUAUUUUUUCCAUCGACUAUGAAAUUUAAGCUUUUCUUUAAUAACUUUUAUUGUAGAAGUAGAGAACCAAAGAGGGUAUCUUUUAUAGUAAUUAGGAUAUGUAGGUACAUGCAAAUCAAUGAUUUUAUCAAUAAUAUUAUAAAACAAAUUUACAGCUUCAUUUAUAUCAUUUAACUUAAAUUUAGUUUUCCAGUCAACUGCAUAUAAAAGACGGUUAAUUUCAUUAAAAUUCGAGAGUUUAAAAUUUCUUCGAGAUUGGUUUAAAACCCUAGUGCAAAUAUUAAAAGGAAUAUCUACAUCAAACUCUAGAGUAUUGUGAUAUUUAUCCUCGGGAACUAGUGGAUUCGUAGACAAACAUACAUUUUUUAUCAAAAAACUAUUGUUAAAUAUAAGGUCUAAAGUAUUUCCUGAUUUAUUGACAUUUGGGUUGCACUGAACCAUACCAACCAAAGACAUUGUGUCAACUAAUAAGCUUGAUCUAGGAUCAUUAUAAUUACUUGGUUUGCAGUGGUCAUUCCCAUAUAGUAACCAUUUAAUUUCAGGGAGAUUAAAGUCUCCACAAAUGACAAAAAUAUCAUUAAUAUUAUUUAGGUAGAUAUCAACAAGCUUAUUACAAAAAAAUUUAAUGCAGCCAUGUCUCUGGGAGGUAUGUAAACACAACCCACGUGUACUUUUUGUUUAUUCCGAGGAGUGAUGGUGACCCAAACAUCUUCUGCUUCAGAACACCAAGACUCUUCGGAAUAGCUAGUAAGUUCCUCGGACACAGCUAUAAGAACACCUCCUCCCGUAAGUUUGCUAGAAGAACUUGUCUCCCUAUCCCGUCUAUACACUUUAUAACAAGAAAAAAUUUCUUCACUUAAAAUUGAUGUAUUCAGCCAGGUUUCCGUUAAACAAAUUAUGUUUUGUUCACAAUUAAGAAUAUUGCGAAAUACAAUGCUAACUUUUGAAUUUAAUCCUCUAACAUUUUGAUACAAAAAAGACAGAUUAGAAACACCAGCCAUAUCCAUAAAAAAAAUACAAAAAACAAUGUCAAAAAAAUAAAUAUGUAGUUUAAUCCAACUUCUCGAUAUCCCCAUCGCAUGAAAUUUUUAUAAUUCGGGAUCUGUCAUCCUUUCGCACAAAUAUGACGCAAUUUCUUGUCCAAAUAUAUUUGUAUUGUUUUGAUUUCGCAGCUAGUUUCGUAUCUCGUAGAAGUUUUUUAUUUUUAGGAGUCAAGUGUUCAUUAACAUAUAAUUGGUCAGAUAUAUUUGCUAUUUUCAAUCCCCUAAAACUACCAUUUUGACGAAGUUUUGCUUUUGCGGCAGCCAGAAAUGCAUCCUUUUUAAUUUUUUUAGAAAAUUUUACAAUAAUAGGCUUAAGUAGGUCUGUACAAAAAGUUGAGGAACGGUAAAAAGAGUCAACAUCACCUUCGGUUAUAGGGAGAUCGAUAGCCGAACCAAUUUCGGAAACUAUUUUUAAAACAUUCUCGUUAUCUUUAAAAGGAACUCCGCAUAUCUCAACAUAUACAAUACAAUUUUUUCACAUUGUUAAAUAUGAUAUACAUGAUAUAUCUUCCAGUGCCCCCUGUUUGUUACAGAUAAUAAAAGCUUCGAUUAUAUCGGUAACACUUCAAGUUCCAUACAUUUUUUGUUUGAUUAAAGCUUCCAGUUCUUUUACAUCCUAAUCCGAAAAGAAAUGCUAGUGUAGUAAGCAGAAAAGACAGUUCUUGCCAAUAAUAACAUUAGUUCGAUAGAAACGUUACCCAGUUUUUUACCAAUUGUUUUUAAACAUAAUUUUAGAUACUUUUUACAACAUAUAUUAGGGCUUCCGUAAGUCCUUCUAUAAAUAAUAGAGUUUUAUAGUUUUCCCAACUUUUAUUUCAUUCUAAACAAUUUUUAGAAUAGGUUUUUUUUUAUUUAGAAAUACUACAUGACGACAUUGUAGAUUUUAUGGAUACCUAGAAAAGUGCCUAUGGGUGUAGAAAAAAAUGCCUAGUUUUAAAUUAUGAAUUAGGUUUUUAAAAUAUACUUAUGGCAAAAAAAAUAAGCACAAAUAUUUUUUAAAUACACACACCGGCAAAAUUAGCCGAACACGUUAAAAAUGGGACAUGUUUGAUGUCUCGUAUUUCAUAAACCAGUGGUCCGAUUUGAGUGAUCAUUUUAGUAUGUUAUUGCCUUGUUAUUUAAGAAUAUCGUUGUAAUAAUAUUGUUGCUAGAAAGGUAAAUACCAUUUUAUACCGGGUGUACCAAUCAUACUGUGUUUUUUUCUUAAAGUUUGGAACACCCUGUGGAAUAUUCUAGCAUAUGUAAAAUAUUAGAAUUAAUACUCGAUUGUAGACUUAGGCUUGCUUAACAUUUUCCUUUUCAAUUCAUUUACUUGUGUGAGAUAAUAAAAAAGUUAUGUGCGUUAACAGCUAUUCAUGUUUUUCAUCAAUAAAUACUCAUAGUAGGGGAGGAAAGUAUACUAAAUUUGCAGUUACUCGAGCGUUAUGGGAACCUAUUAAAUUGUGAAGAGUAUGUGCUAAAAUCAGAAAAAGGUUAAGUUUUCCAUAAAGUGGGAGAUUUUUAAUUUUUUAAUUUAAUUUUCCAUUUGAAACAAUCAUUUUUCUCCGAUUAUAGCGCUAUCUAUCCAUAAUUCGAAAAAAUAUGUCGAAUAAAAGUUGCUUAUUUUUACGUAAAGAAUUCAAAUCUGCAAUAAAAAUUGGGAGCUCCUAUUUAAGAUUUUAAAUUAAAUCCCCCACCCCGCCUCCGUGGGGGCUCGUGACACCCCACGGAGAGGGGUGGCGGGUAAAUUAAAAAUUAUAAAUACGAACCCUGCGAUAUUUUGCGAAAUGAACAUCAGAUCGUAAAUCUGCAAAAUACACAUAUUCAAUAUUUUUCAAAAAUCUACCGAAUGGCACCAAACAGGACCCCCCACGGAGGUGGGGUGGGGGGUUACAUUAAAAUAUUAAAUAGGAACCCCCAAUUUUUAUUGCAGAUUUGGAUCCUUGACGUAAAAAUAAGCAACUUUUAUUCGCAACAUUUUUUCCUAUUAUGGAUAAAUAGCGCUAUAAUCGGAAAAAUCGAUUGGUGGAAAUGGAAAAUUAAAUUGAAAAAUGGAGAGUCCCACACUUUAUGGAAAACUUAACUUAACUUUUUUUGGUUGUAGCACCCACUCUUCACAAUCCACUCCAGGUCACAAGAACGCUCGAGUAAUUGCAAAAUUAGCAUAUAUUUCUCCCCUACUAUGAGGUUUAUUGAUAAAAAACAUGGCUAGUUGUUAAAGCACAUAACUUUUUUAUUUUCCAACAUAGGCAAAUGAAUCAAAAAAGAAAAUGUUAAGAAAGCAUAAUUCUACAAUUGAGUUUUAAUUUUAAUAUUUUAUAUAUGCUGGAAUUUUCCACAGGAUGUUCCGAACUUUAAGAAAAAAACACAGUAUGCUUGUUACACCCGGUAUAAAAUGACAUUUACCUGUCUAGCAACAAUAUUAUUACACCGAUAUUCUUAAAUAAUAAGGCUAUGACAUACUAAAAGAGUCACUCAAAUCGGACCACUGGUUUAUGAAAUACGAGACAUCAAACAUGUCCCAUUUUUAACGUGUUCGGCUAAUUUUGCCGGUGUGUGUAUUUAUUUACAGAAGUAUACAUUAUAAUAUUCUUCCUAUUUAAUUACAUUAUAAACUUUGCAACGUCAUUUUUUUCAAUACAUUAAUAAUGAGUGGCUCUUUGCCACUUUGUGGAUUUUUUAUACAGGGUGUCCCCGAAAAUAGUGCAUUCCUUUAAGGUAUGGAUAUAAUACACAAUGUAGAACAAAAAAGUCCUAUAACAUUUUUUUCUAAAGUUUACGUUUCCAAAAAAAAUACAUUGUUCCCCAUAUAAGCGAACUUUUAUUUUCAUAAAAUUAACUAAUUUGGCAUGACUGUACAAGAACUGUUUGUGAUUUAGUUUAUUGACACCACAAAUGUAGGUCAAACAGGUACGCUUGCAAAAUAAUUGUACCACCCCAUGUUUGAAAAUCCAACAAAACAAGAAUUUGUUUGUUUGUUUAGGAUUAAGACAUGGUUUAAUGUAAAUACUUAUGGCUAAAAUGCUGCAACUAUUCAGUCAGAUUUCAAUUUGCAUACCAAAAUGUAUUUUGGUUUUAGAAAAAAAUGUUAUAAGACUUUUUGCACUACAUGGUGUCUUCUACCUAUUCCUUUAAGGAACGCACUAUUUUCGGGGACACCCUGUGUACUCAGUUACUCUAUGGGCCAUUGAUCGAAUCAAGUGGUCUAUAUCAUAUUAUUAUCUAGAUUCUCUUAUGGCAUCCUCUCUUCGAGGUUUGCUGGAGGACGUGUCAAUCGAUUUAGGUUUCGACCUACCAUAUCCCACACAUGUUCGAUGGGUACAAAUCAGCUGACCUUGAUGGCCGCUCCAAAGUCUCUAUAUAGUUGUUCCAUUUUACCUUUGCCCAUGCGCUACGAUUCAUUUUCAAACAAAUUAAAUUAAAACAUAAAGUGAAACGUACGCCGAUGUGUAUAGUAUAUAGACUGUAAACAGUAUACAAAAUGUAUAUACACAUCGACGUUCGUUUCACUUUAUGUUUUGACUUAAUUUGUUUGAAAACGAAUCGUGACGCAUGGGAAAAGUUAGAGUAGAAGAACUAUACCAGAUCCUUGUAUGGACUCCAUAGUUUCACGGACAAUAUGAGGUCUUGCGUUAUCCUGUUAGAAGAUCGUAUUUGGAAUGGUUUGUGGAUAUGGUUUGGUUAAGGUUAUGGUAGAGAGGGACAGUCCUUCAAAGACUUCUAAGGCGGCUCCAUUGUAUCAAACCUAUCAAACAUCUCAGGCUCUUCCAGGCUCCAAAUCUGAGCUCUUCCUGCAGUUCCAAACGCUGCAGUACUUCAUUAAUAUAUCGUCGAGCUGUCAGAAUACCAUUAAUAAUAACUAAAGGUAAUCUGCUUACCAAACAUAUAAUAGCACUUCAUACCAUAAUGCUUGGUUUUCUUGCUGUAUGACGUUUAACAUAGCCAAGUCUAUAUUUCGUCUCGCACCUCGAAAAUGAAACUUCAGUUAAAGAAAAAAUAGCGAGGUAAAAACUUUAUUACAUACACAGAGUGUCCCAAAAGUAGCGGAACGGUCGAAUAUUUCGCGAACUAAACAUCCGAUCGAAAAACUGAAAAAUACGGGUUCAAUAAUUUUAAAAAAUCUAUCGAAUGACAUCAAACACCACCCCUCAGUCCAUCCCCAGGAAGUGGGGUGGGAGGCAACUUUAAAAUCUUAAAUGGUUACCCCCAGUUUUUAUUGCAGAUUUGGAUUCCUUGCUGAAAAGUAAGGAACUUUGAUUCGAGACAUUUUUUCGAGUUGUGCACAGAUGGCGCUAUAAUCGGAAAAAACGAUUUAUAGUGAUACCAGAGGUAAAUUAUAGAAACGGUCUAAUAUCUCGAGAAAUACACUUCCAAAUUAAAAACCAAAAAAUACUUGUUUAAUAUUUUUCAAAAACCUAUCGAACAACACCAAACAUGACCCUCCACUUCAUCCCGUGUAGGUGGAGUGGGGGUAACUUUAAAAUCUUAAAUAGGAACCCUCAUUUUAUAUUGUAGAUUUGGAUUCCUCGUCAAAAUAAGCAACAUUUGUUCAAAACAUUUUUUAGAAUUGUUGAUAUAUGGCGCUAUAAUCGAAAAAAUACGAUUUAUUAGCGCCAUCUAUCAACAAUUCUAAAAAAUGUUUCGAAUAAAUGUUACUUACUCUUUCAAGAGGAAUCCAAAACUGCAAUAAAAAGUGGGGGUUCCUAUUUAAGAUUUUAGAGUUACCCCCACCCCACCUCCAGGGUGUGGAGUGGGGGGCCGUGUUUGGUGUCGUUCUAUAGGUUUUUGAAAAAUAUUAAACACUUGUUUUGUGGUUUUUCAUUUCGAAAUGUAUUUGUCGAGAUAUUAGACCGUUUCUAUAAUUUACCUAUGGUAUCAUGAUAAAUAGUUUUUUCCGACUAUAGCGCCAUCUAUCAAUAGUGGGAAAAAUUUCUCGAAUAAAAGUUGUUUACUUUUACAUAAGGCAUCCAAAUCUGCAAUAAAAAUUGGGGGUUUCCAUUUAAGAUUUUAAAGCUACCCCCACCCCACCUCCAGGGGGUGGAGUGUGGGGUCGUGUUUGGUGUCGUUCCAUAGAUUUUUGAAAAUGAUUAAAAACGUAUUUUUCAGUUUUUCGAUCUGACGUUCAUUUCGUGAAAUAUUCGACCGUUCCGCUACUUUUGGGACACUCUAUAUAUUUUAGAUCAGAUUUACAAAUAAAUGACCAUAUACAAAGUGUUACAUUUUUUGGCCAUUAGUAUAUUUAAAAAAAGAUAUUUUGUGUACAUGACAGAAUUGGGAAAACUAUAAAAUCUGAUGAAGGAAAAAAUGUGAUUUUAUUCAGUCUGCCAACAAAAUGCAAUAGUAGAUAAAGAAAAAGUUAGGUUAGGGAAUCUUUUUAUACGAAUUGUAUUAGUUUUUGUACUUAAUUUGUAACUGGUUCAUGCACUUUUUUUAUUUUAAAAGCUUGGUACCACUCUAUUUAUUAACUCGUCUUAGGUAGUGUUCUUGAAGAGUAUGACAAUUUUUCCCAGUGAUAUAUGUAUGUAUUAUUUUGAGCUAUUUAUGUACGCCAAUGCACAAUGAAAAAAAAAAUAAAGAUUUUAAAAAUAUAA